AUGAAAGUGGUGAUUUUUGUGUCCCCUGCAGCCCCCCCCUCGCCCCCCCGGCUGUACCUGCAGAGCUCAGACCCAGACCGAGACCAGUCCUCCCUGGUCUGUGUCACAUGGGGCUUCUACCCGAGUGACAUCAUCCUCUACUGGACCAAUCAGAGCGCAGCGAGCUCCAUCGACCAGCCGUCAAUCUACAACUGCACCCUCACCUCCUCCACCUCUUCCACCUCCAUCACCUCCAUCACCUCCACCUCCUCCACCUCCUCCACCUCCUCCACCUCCUCCACCUCUUCCACCUCCAUCACCUCCACCUCCUCCACCUCCUCCACCUCCUCCACCUCCUCCACCUCCCAGGGUCCUCAGUGUGUGCGGUUGGUAGAUGAGGGAAGCAGUCGAGUGUAUUUGUUCAGUUUGCUUGCUCUGCCGGAGAGAGAGCGGUUGGAGACGGCGGUGACCUACGGCUGUGUGGUGGAGGGACAUCCCGCCAUGACCCACGCCAUGACCACGGCCUUCACAUGGGCAGGGGCGCCACCCAACCUGCUGAUUGGGGCCCUGAACGUCCUCAAGAUGUGUUUCCUGUCCGCUGUGACGGCCGUGUUCUCCAUCGAAGCCCUGGACUCAGCCCUGGACUCAGCCCUGGACUCAGCCCUGGACUCAGCCCUGGACUCAGCCCUGGACUCAGCCCUGGACUCAGCCCUGGACUCAGCCCUGGACUCAGCCCUGGACUCAGCCCUGGACUCAGCCCUGGACUCAGCCCUGGACUCAGCCCUGGACUCACCCCUGGACUCUCCCCUGGACUCAGCCCUGGACUCUCCCCUGGACUCUCCCCUGGACUCAGCCCUGGACUCUCCCCUGGACUCCCCCCUGCAGGAGGCCCAGUGA